AUGGGGGCAGGGGGGGACCCCGACAGCGUGGUGCUGUGCCUGCUGGCCGCCGACGAGGAAGACGAAGGCGACAUCGCCCUGCAGAUCCACUUCACCCUCAUCCAGGCCUUCUGCUGCGACAACGACAUCCACAUCCUGCGCGUCUCGGGCAUGCAGCGCCUGGCCGCCAUCCUGGGCGAGCCCGAGGCGGGCGCCGAGCCCCGCGACCUCCACUGCCUCUUAGUCACGAACCCACACACGGACGCCUGGAAGAGCCAAGGGUUGGCGGAGGUGGCCAGUUACUGCGCCGAGAGCCGCGACAAGAACCAGUGGGUGCCGUACGUCUGUCUGCAGGAGCGCUGA